UAAGGUGUUUUUUUUAACACUAAUAUCAUGGUGUAAACUUAAAAUUUGCAUGGGUGGGAGCAAUGUUUGUUAAAUUUGUGCAGGCAAAAGAAGGAAUGUGGCCUUCAUGUUGCAUGCAAUUCCCUCCGCUGACUCCACUGUCAUAGAUCACCACACAAACUUGUAAUCCCGCAAAAACCCCGAGGUUGUCCCAGAUUAGAAAACCAGUCUUCAUACAACACACUGUCACCAACCGUGUCCUGUUCCAAACAAUCGGUCUUUGAUGAGUUUAAGAAAUCCCCAUAACUUAAUUACAUCUGUUUUCCAUUCCUUAAAAACAGUUAACUGUUCUGUUCCGCUUCUCUAUUUCGUCCAUCUUUUACUUCUUAUUUAUCUUAUUCAUUUACCAUCGUCUCCACUCAACAUUCCCUGUAUAUAUUAAACUUAAUCCUCCUUCUCAUACAUUAAUUCCUCUGUUUUUUUUUUUCUCUCCGAUGGGUUCGUUGAAAAGUGAACAACAUGUGAACUUUGCUGCUCCAAGACCAUUCGUGAAGAGGCUGAAAUCAGAUCUGAAAGAGACGUUUUAUCCCGAUGAUCCCUUCAGGCAGUUUCGUGGUGAUAGGCGAACGCACCAACUCAAAAAGGCCGUCCAGUAUUUCAUCCCCAUAUUGGAAUGGCUUCCUAAAUACAAUUUUAAUAUGUUUAAGUAUGAUUUGCUCGCUGGUAUUACCAUUACCAGCCUCGCCAUCCCCCAAGGCAUCAGCUACGCUAAGCUUGGCAGCCUCCCUCCCAUCAUCGGCCUUUAUUCCAGCUUCGUUCCACCGCUUGUGUAUGCGGUGUUUGGAAGCUCGAAGCAUCUGGCGGUGGGUACGGUGGCGGCAUGUUCGUUGCUAAUAGCGGAAAUCAUCGGAGAAGUGGCGUCGCCGGAAGAAGACCCCACAUUGUAUCUACACCUGGUUUUAACAGCCACCUUAAUCACCGGCGUCAUGCAGACGGCCUUAGGGAUUCUACGAUUGGGAAUCUUGGUGGAUUUCUUAUCGCAUUCGACGAUCAUAGGGUUUAUGGGAGGAACAGCUGUGAUCAUUUGCCUGCAACAGCUGAAAGGCAUAUUCGGACUCACUCAUUUCACCUCUAAAACCGACGUCUAUUCGGUACUCCAUGCCGUUUUCUCCCUUAGACAUGAGUGGAGAUGGCAAAGUGCUGUCACGGGCGUCGUCUUCCUUGUCUUCCUCCAGUUUACUAGGUACCUGAGAGAUAGAAACCCGAAGCUGUUUUGGGUAUCAGCGAUGGCUCCGAUGGUGACAGUGAUAGUCGGGUGUUUGGUUGCAUAUCUCGUCCAUGGAAGUCAGCAUGGAAUCUUAACUGUGGGUCGCUUGAACAAAGGAAUAAACCCUCCUUCUAUUCACUCCUUGAACUUUGACCCAAAAUAUCUACCAGCUGUGGUACAAGCUGGUGCCAUCACUGGCCUUGUGGCUUUGGCUGAAGGAAUAGCGAUUGGUCGAAGCUUUGCAAUAAUGAAAAACGAACAAGUCGAUGGCAACAAAGAGAUGGUAGCCUUUGGUUUGAUGAACAUUGUGGGAUCUUUCACUUCCUGCUACUUAACCACUGGGCCAUUCUCAAAGACUGCAGUGAACUUCAAUGCUGGAUGUAGAACAGCAAUGUCAAACGUAGUAAUGGCGGUCUUCAUGGCUCUCACGCUCCUCUUUCUAGCUCCUCUCUUCAGCUACACUCCUCUUGUAGCCCUUUCCGCCAUUAUUAUGUCCGCCAUGUUUGGUUUGAUCAAAUACGAAGAAAUAUAUCAUCUUUUCAAGGUCGACAAGUUCGAUUUCUGCAUUUGUAUGGCUGCUUUCUUGGGCGUUGCUCUAUUGAGCAUGGAUGUUGGCUUAAUGCUUUCGGUGGGUCUUGCUUUGCUGAGAGCUCUUCUUUACAUGGCUAGACCAGCAACUUGCAAGCUUGAGAAAAUACCAGACACUGAUUUGUACAGAGACGUGGAGCAGUAUCCUAAUGCAAUGAGAGUCCCUGGAGUCAUUGUUCUUCAACUUGGUUCCCCUAUUUAUUAUGCCAACUCCAACUACAUCAGAGAAAGGAUUUUGAGAUGGGUUCGUGAUGAGCAUGCCAAGUUCGAUUCCGUAGAUGGAUCCGUCCAGCAUGUACUGCUGGAAUUGAGUGGAGUUACAUCAAUCGACAUGACAGGGAUUGAAACACUAAUCGAAAUUCGCAGAUUGUUGCAAGCGAACGGAGUUAAGAUGGGAAUUGUAAACCCAAGAAUCGUAGUGAUGGAGAAGAUGAUAGCAUCAGAAUUCACAAACACGAUCGGGAAAGAAAACAUCUAUUUGUCAGUAGACGAUGGAGUGGAAAGGUGCAGAGAUUUGGCGUACAACCCACAGAAAACAAAUCCAAGUGAUGAUAACGUGGAAUUGAGCGCAGUGGAGCUGCGGGUAUAAAAUUAUAAGCAAAUGGGUGCAGUAGAAUCUGGGAUUUUUGAUUGCUUUUUCAGUUCCAGAUGAGAGUUUCAUUCAGCAAAUAAAGAAAUAAAUUAGUAGAUAGAAGUUUUGCAGAUGGCAUCACAUGCACAACACGAUCAUAAUGUAAAAUCUUUCUUUUUCUUUGAGGUUCUUCUUCUUCCAAAUGUAUGAAACAGAGGAACCCCAAAGCUUCGAAAUUUAAUAAAUAAUUGAUCAAAAUGUUUGCAUCUUAA